UAUUAAAAAAAUGCAUGUUAACAACAAAAUCAAUCAAUUACAAAAAUAAUGUGUGAUUGAUUACUUUGCAAAUGAAGUUCGUGCGUUGACUCCAUAAAUCUGACAGUGUUGUUGUUUUUUUUUUUUUAAAAAAAACAUGGUCGGCAAAAGAGUUGCUCUGUUCUGCCUAUUUGCUUUCUACACACGGUAUGCGGCCGGCGAAGAUUACCUCAGGAUGGGGAUGAACACAAACGCAGCGGAAGCGACGCAGUUCCUUCGAGAAUAUGACAGAGAAGCUUCUGGAAUGUGCUACAGAGUGACCAUGUCCCAAUGGAAGUUCGUCACCAACAUCACAGAGUACAAUCGACGAAGAAUGCUCGAAGAACUGGCUCUGAGCUCCAAAUUCGAGAAGCUAUCCUGGAGGAAGGCGGCUGCUUAUGAUGCUUCAAGAUUAUCAGAUCCUCAGGGAAGGAAGCAGUUGACCAGGAUUGUCCAAGCCAGUCGGGCUGCAUUGCCUGAUGACAAAUUUUCUGAGAUCCAACAACUAAUAACAGAAAUGAAAGAAAUCUACAACGCAGCAAAAAUCUGUCCCUUCGGCCAGAAACCUUAUGACCCUCAUGUCCCCAAAAUUCCAUUCUCCACGGAAACCCCCGAAACCAAAGUCCACCAACCUUACCAACUUAACAACCAGCCGUUCCAGCACUACCAACCUAAUCACGAAAAUUCUGACUACCCCAACUACUGUGAUAUGCAACUGGAUCCAGAGAUUUCCAGGAUUUUGGCUCAUUCCAGGAUUGAGAAGGAGUUGUUGUAUGUAUGGCAGAGUUUCAGGGAUAAAACUGGUCCGAAUCUGAAGAAUAAAUUCAUGAGAUAUGUGCAAUUGGCGAACGAAGCGGCUAUUAAUACUGGUUACAGAGACGCAGGCGACCAAAUGCGAGCAGCCUAUGAGGAUCCAUCCUUCAGAGCGAGUGUAGAAGAGAUAUACAACCAGGUGGCGCCACUGUACAAGCAACUGUUCACUUAUGUGCGAAGGAAGCUGGUGCAAAGAUAUGGAGAGACCACCGUCAGACCUGAUGGUCCUAUACCUGCGCAUUUAUUAGGGAACAUGUGGGCGCAAAACUGGAAGUCAAUAAUGGAUUUGGUGAUGCCGUUCCCGCAGUCGCCUAACAUUGACGUUACUUCGGAAAUGCUUCGACAGGGGUUUACGCCACUAAGAAUGUUUCAAAUGGCGGAAGAGUUCUACGUGUCUAUGGGAUUGAAGCCAGUGCCUCCAGAGUUCUGGCGCGGCUCUAUGCUCGCGCGGCCUCCGCAGCGCAGUGUUCAGUGCACCGCAAGUGCUUGGGACUUCUGUAAUAGGAUAGACUACAGAAUAAAGCAAUGCACAGAGGUGACGAUGCAAGACCUGAUCUCCACUCAUCAUGAAAUGGCACACAUACAGUAUUAUCUGCAAUAUGCUGACCAACCGCAGCUAUUCAGAGAUGGCGCAAAUCCUGCAUUCCAUGAAGCGGUAGCUAACGCUGCUACGUUAUCAGUAUACAACAUACCACAUCUGCAACGAAUGGGACUUUACCAAAACAAGUCCCACGACCCGUAUGAAGUCGGUAUGAACUUCCUGAUGUCCAUGGCUUUGGAGAAAGUGGCUUACCUGCCUUUCGCAUUUAUGGUUGAUCAGUGGCGGUGGUCAGUAUUUGAAGAUGGUGUACAACACAUGAACGCAAGAUGGUGGCAAAUGAAGUUAAGAUUUCAAGGUGUGACUCCUCCGAUAGUGCGAACAGAAGCAGAUUUUGAUCCCGGAUCAAAAUAUCACAUCAUAUCUGACCAGGAAUACAUCAAAUACUUCCUAGCAACGAUCCUGGAGUUCCAGAUCUUCGAGCAGCUGUGUGUAGUGUCAGGAUAUACAGGUCACCUGUAUGAAUGCGAUGUCUACAGGAGCAGAGAUGCAGGGAGACUUCUCAGUGAAAUAAUGCAGCCCGGAGCUUCUAUGUCAGCGUCGGAUAUAAUAAGAAGUAUGACUCGUGGCAAGACUAAUAGGAUAUCGCCGGAAUCUCUCGUCAAGUAUUUCCGUCCAUUGGAACUGUGGCUUCGCGUCCAGAAUCGUGAAGAACAAGUCAUAGGUUGGAACUCCAACUUACACGACGUAGCCCUAUUUGCCCCCCAGAGGGGGCUGUCAAAUAAUAUCUGCCUGUCAUUUGUUUUGUUACUUACCUCUUUGAUUACUGUAAAUAGUUUGUAAGGUUGUUUUUGUAAGGAUUAAGUAAUAUUUUUGUUUUAA